UCCACUCGCAGUUGCAAAGAACAGCUUGUGCAGUGUAGAUCGGAUACAGAGACUUUAUUAAACAUCAACAUGUGUGGAGAAAUGGGUAAAGCUGUGCUGCGGGCUCUAACGGGGGCACUGCUCUGUGGUCUUGUAUCUGAUGCGGCAUACUUACAACGGUAUGAACCCUACCCGUUCCAAUAUGAACAAGCAGUCUACAAGAAGCCACUGAGGGAACAUGAGAAACCACAAGAUCUCCGUAAUGUGCCCGGAACGCCAGGAGUCGACUUCCCCAUCUAUCACGCCGUACCAGAGACAGGCUUCUCUUGCUCUCAUGUGCCAGUUCAUCCUGGCAUGUACGCGAACGUUGAAACUGGAUGCCAAGCAUACCACGUGUGUCAUGAUGGCCGUGAAGGACACCAGGGCGCUUCCUUCCUCUGCACGAACGGUACCCUCUUCGAUCAGACCAAGUUCGCUUGUGAUUGGUGGUACAACGUGGACUGUUCAAAGGCCAUUGAACACUACAAACUGAACGCAGACCCCUUGAAGAAUCCGUACGUGCCAAAGCCGAAACCUGAGGAGCUACAAGACGCGCCGCACGGCAUUUACUAUAGGAAGAUACACGACUAGGUUAUUUCAGUGUCGUCACCAACGUAAAUUAGGUUUUAGUUAUAUAUUAUUAGAAUUCUACUAAUGAUAUGAAAAAAUAUAAUAUGUAACAAAGUUAUUGAUUUUUUUAGAGUAUCAUGAAAAAACGUAUUCUCUUAUAAACAAUGAUUACAGGGUGAUUAGUUACAAAAUAAAAUAAUAAACAGAACUGGAAAAGUCAAUGUGAAACAAAAAAUACCCGCUGUAUAAAGUUUAUAAGUAAAUGUUAAAGAAGGUUCAGUUUUUAGUAUAAUAUAAAGCAUUAUUGAUUAUGAUGAAAUCAGUAAUAUUUACGGUGACGACAGUUAUCUGUUGUAUUUAUUUCCCACUUACUCGUGACACGCUCAAUUUCCAUCGCAUCACCAAUCCUUGGACUGAGGAAUUUAGGGAUUUGAACCUGCCAUUUUAAUUUAUUAGAUUUUUAUGAAAUUUCGAUUGAAAAACCAUGUAAGCAGAGAAAUUUCGCUCGGUUAUAUGUAGUUUUUUAUGUAUACAUAUAUUAAUUAUCAUGAAAACAAUAAAAUUAUGAUAUUUAGCGGUAUUUCAUAAAGAAAAAUAGCCGGAAAUCGUGAGUAGAAAUACUAAUUUUAAAAUUAUAUAGCACUAAAUUCCUAGUUCAGAAAUAUCACUCGUUGUUUCAUAAUCUAUUCAUUUUCAUAUUUAUUAAGAUGUAAAUAAUCAUUUAUUUUUUUUAAUUCAUAAUAUUUUUGGAUCAAAUAUUUCACAAUCAUUAUCAUAACAUUUUGCAAUAAGACGUUUACAAAUUAGAAUAAUACUCAUAACUUUAAUGGAGUUAGA